AUGAGGACAGUAGGAAGAGAGCCAUUAAGCUGCCACCGUGUCCGAUUUGCGCUUGCCCAAAGUAACCUAGAAGCUUUUGGCAUUGCACAGAUAGCUCAUUUGGAUGCUGGUUUUGAAGCCGCUUACUCUAAGGUCUUCCAUCAAUUUCUGGCAGCAUUAGAGAGACAGAUCUUUGACUUCCUUGGUUUCCAAUGGGCUCCUAUCCUUGGCAAUUUCCUACAAAUAAUAGUUGUCAUUUUGGGUUUGUUUGGAACCAUCCAGUUUAGGCCUCGAUAUAUAGUUGUGUACACGGUGUGGACUGCCCUGUGGGUCACCUGGAAUGUUUUCAUUAUCUGCUUCUAUUUGGAAGUAGGCGGACUUUCUAAGGAAACUGAUCUCAUGACCUUUAACAUCUCAAUGCACCGCUCUUGGUGGCGGGAACAUGGGCCUGGCUGCAUACGAAGAGUGGUACGUCCUUCUGCCCCUGGCAUCCUAGAGGAUUACUCCUAUGUCUCCGUGACAGGCUGCAUAAUUGAUUUCCAGUACCUAGAGGUCAUUCACAGCGCUAUCCAAAUACUCCUCUCCCUGAUUGGAUUUGUGUAUGCCUGUUACGUGAUCAGUAUUUUCAUGGAGGAGGAGGACAGCUUUGAUUUCAUAGGCGGACUUGACACAUACUCCUACCGACAGCCCCCCCAGGAACAUGUUGAGUUAAAGCCUGUAAAGCCUGUAGGUCGAAGUAAGUGAUGAACGUGGACUCAAGACUUCUGCUGCUGUAGCUGAAGAAACAGAUUUUAGAAGAAAAGACCAACCUUGUGACUCAUUGUUCUGGAAGAAACCCACCAUCCGUUUCUCACGGCAUGUGGAUUGUUCUUCCCACAGGCUCAGUGUCAUUAUCAGCAUUGUUAUUUCGUAGAUCCUUGUAGAUUAUCUUGAAUUUUUGAAUAAUUUACUUAUAUGGACACUUGUAAAUUGUAAAUUUUUUCUUUUUUAAUUUCAAUAUUUUUACAACAUGUAGUGUUAAGGCAUGAAAACAAAAAACCUGUGAAAACUAGAAGGGUACAUCUUUCACAAAAGUCAGUAUUUUUUGACUGAUAGAAUCAUACUGUGCCUGGUCAAGAUUGUGUCAGUAAACAGUAAUUUUGACUCCAAAAUAUACAGCAGGAGUCAAACCCUAACAGUGUACAAGAGAUCAUUUCAGUGCUGUAUUUAGAAUUCACAAUGUCCACUCCUUGCAUUGUUUGAACUUCUGUGUGCAGUAGGAAUUGAUCUAUGACUCUUCUUACCCUGACAUUCCAGCACUAAUGUACUCAUCUAAUUAUUGCAAUUUGUAUAUGGCUCCUUCUUUCCCAGUCUCUUUUGCCCUGAGCCCACCACCACUAGCUGUCUCUGAUUUCAAGAGAAGUAGGACAGCCGCUCUGUGGAUAUCAGUCUCUAGGAACCCUUACACUUUAGGGCUCUUUAGAUGUCUGUGAUUUGCACAUUUUUAAACUCUUUUCCUCCCUUCUCCCAGGAAGAAGCCAAGCAUGAAUGUACAGUACAAGGCAGUUGAAGCCUUAGAAGCUUCUGGGGACUAAUUUUGCUCUUAAUUUAAACAUAAACAAGCAAAUCUGAAAAUGUGUGUAAAAAUUUGUAAAAUUAUUUGUAAAUACUUCUAGACAAAGAACAUGUAUGUAACUGUGGUAUUUUGUUUUCUAUUCUGUCACCACUAGCAUAAAGUGAUACACAAAGC